CGCCAGCCAAGUCAUUCUUCUUAAAAAUGGCGUCAUGUGAACAAAACGCAAAAAGAGCGAGUAAGCUGCAGCUAUCGGAGCAGCGUGAAUAUAAUUUCUCUUACUAAAGCUGCGACGUGGAGCAUCUGUUCGGCUUAACACGAGAGACAAUAGACAGUUAAAUAUACGGGGAGAGGAGGGGGGAGGAGGUGCUCCUGUCCGCCGCGGCUCCCCACACCGCCCCCGAUCCCCACUCAGUCUACAGGCUUGUCAAGCAGAGGAAUAAACAGAAUCGGGCGCUGGAAGUGAAGAUAUCCCUCCCUCCCUCCCGCUCACUAUCUGUGCAUCUUCAUCCAGCUCUUUCUUUCAUGGAGAGGAAUUAUCCCGCUUCGGGCUUCGGAGAUCUGGGGACUGGGACGGGAUGGAGUUACGAGAGAUCGGCCAAAGCAAGCCUCGUGUAUGGGAGCCGCUCAUACCACCCAGAGUCAGAACUACUCCACCGUCAAACCUAUGGCACCCCACACCCACUUCAAGGCUAUGCAGCAAGUCAUCACCCAGGGAGCUCAAGACGGGGUGGAGCUUGGGGUGGACGAACACUAGGUCUGUCAGGGCUGUUUGACUCCAGUCUCCAUCAUGCCAGCCCCUCAGGUCCCGACCCCUCUGUCAUGAAUCUGAUUUCAGUUCUGGAUUCACGGCCUCCACAGCCCUCACCCUCUGCUUCCUCCCUUCUCUCUCAGUUCCGCACAUCCUCUUGGCAGACUGCCAUGCAUACACCGGCCCCAACGGACCUCUUUAUUUCAGGGGCACUUCCAGGUUCAAGCUCCUUUCCCUCCUCCUCAGCCCUUUCUGCAUACCAGAAUCCUAGCAUUUUUUCUGGACGAUCAUUCACUCCCUCAUUAUCCCUGCAGGAUACAACUACAUUUAGCCGAACUUCUAACGGCUUGAUAUCCCCACAUGAUCCCUUGGUACAUAUCAAAAGAUCCUCUCAGUCCAGCUUGGGCUUUGAUCACUUGCUGUCUUCCCAGAGCACUGCCUUCCGGGGCUCCCAGGAAUCUGCAACUCCCCAGACCCAAGACCCUUCCACUUCCUCCAAUUGCCACCUGUCCCCUCCCCACUUUAAUCUGUUGCCCUCUCAGCUUCAUAACUCAUCCUCUCAACUAUAUAAUGCUUCGAUGUCCUCAUCGAUGGCAGCCCUGCCACCUGCAGUUCUUCCUGAACCUCAGCCACUUCCACAGACAGCAAUUUCCCGCCAUGAUAGUGUGAUCAAGCAUUACCCUCGCUCAUCUUCAGCCCACACCACAACCCUACAAUCACAAUCCUAUGCCAGCUCUGGUGGUUCAUCUGGCUACCACCAGCUAGUCAGCCAUUAUCAGCAUUCUGGUGUGUCCUGCAGUCCACUGGGGAAACUGAGCCUAUCCUCUGACCCCAAGACCUCACCACAGAUGGAAUCCCAGAUAUAUCAACCUGUCAUCCAAACAGCCUAUACCUCAUCAUUAUCCAGCUCCUCAACUCCCUCCUCCUCUUCAGCUACUACUAAAGGUGCCAAAAGUUCCUGCUCCACAAGUAACUAUUCGUCUUCUUCCUAUACCCCACAAACUCCACCAUUAACCUCCUCCACCACCUCCUUAUCCUCUUCUAGCUCAAAGACCAGAACUAUUUCUCUGUCUGCUCCCUCUCUUCAGCAACCCACACCUCAGUCAGCACUAGUACCACCUCUUCUCCCAGUGGUGUCAUCAUCCCUUGUACAACAAGCAGCAGCCAGUCAAUAUCUGUCCACCUAUGGCUCUCAAUCUGUGACCAAACCUAGCACGAGCUUGCCAAACCAGACCCCUCCCCAGAAACACAUUCAGUCGUAUUCCCCCAACCUGCCACCAUCUACACACAUGAAUGUGCAUUAUGAUGGCUUCAACUCACCCCAUGUCCGGGAUUUGAGCACUGGAGCAAGGAGCAGUGGGGGGAAAGACUUCAUGGGUGUAGGCUCUGGUGAACGCUCCUUCUCUGCAGAGAUAAUUGCUCAAGACUCAAGUUUUGUCUCAACAUCUCUCAGAAAACCACACACUCCAUCCACUGAAUAUGGGAGUGGAUCAGCUGGGAGUGGACCUAGUAUUCACAGUGUAGUAGGCUCUGCGGUAACUGGGAACGGGGCUGCUGGUAAUGAAGGCAGUAGCGCCUAUCACCUGACUGAGUCUAGUACAUCACCUUCAACCAAUUCUACUAUCAGUUAUUCAGGAUUGCACUCUCCUGUAGCUGCUCGACCUGUACAGUCCCCUGGAGGCUCAGGGGCAAAUAAAUACUUUUCUUCGAUCCCAGCUCCUACUUUUAUGUCCUCACCACAAGGUUUCCCUGAUAACCGACAAGCUCGGAACCAGUUGUACCAGUCAACACCCCCGAACGCCAAAACAGAGGCCACAAACAUGCUGGGGGCUGAGGAAUCCCAAGACGAAGGAAACAGUGAAGAUUUCCUUAUCCACCACUUACUACGUCCCCAAAGCUCAAAUUCCCACUUUUCCCAACAUCACCCACAUUCUGAGCAACUGUCUCAACCAAUCCUUCAUGGGGAGAGCAAGGGAAUGACACACGAUCUUAACAAGACAUCAGAAGAGCUCUACCAGCUUCAGAGUGUCAUUUGUACCAAUAACAUUACCAGCAAUUCUGGUCUUGGAAUGGCAAUUAAUGAUACAGUGAGCUUAGACAGACCGUUAGAAAUAUCACAGAAGAAACAGCAGGCCAGGUCAGACACGAUCAUGUCAAAGUCAAAUACUUCAGGGGUGCGAAGAAUAUCUGAUUCUCAUUCUCAUGCCAUCCACUCGCAUCAUCAGCAAAAUGAGUUAAUGGGUUCUGCGGUCCAUUAUGGAAGAGGUGAUCCCUACAUACAGCACCCAAACUCCCAGCAUCCUCAUAGCACUUCACAUGUGUCCACACACUCUCAGCACUACACUCAGCACUCUCAAAUCUCCCAGCACUCUCUGCACACUCAGCAUACACAUCACUCUCAACAUUCUCAGCAUAGUCAUCGUAAUUCCCUCCCACAAAGCCAUUCUCAUAUAGAGAUUAAGAAGCCUUCAGAUGCAAAUGACAAUGCCUACUAUGCACCAGAUGUACAGCAAACUCGACAAAGCCAUGUCUCUGUCACUCUGAUGAAUAUGUCACCAGACCAUCCCAAGCAAACUCACAUGUUACAGUCUGUCCCUUCUCACACUAUCCAAAACAAGCUGGAUUCCCAACAAGCCCCACAGCAGCAACAGAAGCACCACCACCAACAGCAGCAACACCAGCAAGCUAUGAUGGGUUCAGUUAGAAGAGCAGGGUCUGCUGGGUUGGAAUCCCAUGUACAGAACCGGUCCUCACAGAGUCUAGAUACCCACUACAGUGGAACCCAUCCAACAUAUCAAACACGAGCCAGUCAGAGUUCAGUAUCUCCACUACAGAUGCUAGAUCAAUCACUUUCUCAGGCCAAUGGUACAGACAGUGGAAAAUCUCUGGACAGAAGUGGAGCUGAUAUGACUGUGACAGGACAGGAAAGAGAUAGAGGAGACAGACAUACACAACAGCACAGACUUAACACCCACCAGCAUCCUCAACAAACAAAAUCGGAUCUUCAUGACUUCCUUUCUGAACAAGAUUUGGACUUAUACACCCCUUCACACUUGAGCCAUCUCAACCAACCUCAGACCCACCCCCACACCCAUGCUCUGCAACACACUCAGCACACUCAUCAUCAACUGUCUGUUACCACUCAGAUAACUCAUUCACACUUGCAACAGAUGACAAUACAUUUAGCAACACCCCAACAACAGCAAUCCCAGGUCACAGAUCCUGAAACACAACUCUCACACUCACAGUUAGAGCAGCUCAAACAGCAUCAAUUUGAGACAGUAAGCCAGACAGAUAAAGUAGGACAGACUCAAGCUCAACUGCAGCAAUGUGCACCUUUGACCUCAAUCUGCUUUCCAGACUGUGUUUUUCCUGAGAUGGAGGAUCUGUUUUGUUCAUCUGAAUACAAAUCAAGCUGUGCGGGGGCAGGACACAGUGCUCAAGAAAACCUCAGCCAGGGUCACGGACCGACACAAGAGGAUAUGGAGGCUUUAAAAUCAGGAGAUGCUGCAGAGGGCUAUAAUAUGGUUGGUCAUCAAAGCAAUCAAGGAUUUGGACAGUACUGCCAAAGACUUUCAAGAACAGGAAAUGGUGAUCUGCACUUAGACCAUGACUGUCUGAAGACUCAUGAGCUUCCUUCCACUGUGAAUACUGACCAGCUUGGCCUCAUCCAAUCCCAAACUCCCAUUAUGGGAUUGAAUUCAGCAGUUCAAGAGGAUAGCUUAGUCAACAAGAUGAUAGCAACUGUGGGAGUGGAUGAAAAUUCCAACAGCACUGGUGUAACCUCUCCUAUCUUCUGUUCCUCUCGGCCCAAAAAACUGCUGAGGACCAGCUCAUUUCACUUGCUUAAACAGCGACGUGAGCCACAACCUCAAACAAAGAAAAACUAUGCGCAGGAGUAUGAAUUUUGGGAUGACGAAGAUAAAGCUGAUGUUCCAGCAGAUAUUCGCCUUAACAAUCGCCGGCUUCCUGACUUGCUGCCUGACUUGGUGUCCAGUUGUAGAAAACCUGGUGGGGUUUCUGGAAUAAGUGGACUAAGCCCACAAAUAGGUGAUAUGGCCUUUUGCCACCCCUCCAGCUACUCUUCUCUUGGACACCCUUCGCAACCCCCCCCUCACGAUGGUCCUAAGAAAAGGGGCAGGAAACCAACUAAACCAAAACGUGAAGGACCUCCUCGGCCACGAGGUCGCCCACGUAUACGUCCUCUUCCAGAACCUCCUUACUGUAGGUGCCUGAUGGGCUCUGCAGCUGGAGAAAAUAGAAGGGGGCGUAGCCGAGGUCGAGGGCGAGGCAGACGGGAAGAAGGAAAAGUGCAAAUGCAUCGGGAUAUGAACAAAACACAAACCCUUUCAUAUAAUCACCAGCAACAGUACCAACAGCAACAGUGCAGCCAACAUCAUCAACAGCAACAUCACAGGCAGCAGGCGGAUCUCCAUCAGCAGCUCCAACAACAUCACCACCAUCACCAGCAAGAACAUGUUUCCUGUCCCCACCCUCAACUGCAUCAUCAGCAACAACAGCAUACAUCUCACCAGCCACAGCAAGAUCCAGUCAGAAAUUUUAAGAUCAAACUGCCCCUUGCCACUAUGUCUCCACCAGAGUCCUUGUUGAGGACAGACUCGCUAUCCAGCAGUGAGCCUGUUCUCUCUGAGGGAUCGGUGGGGUCGGCACCAUCUCUGGGCUUGAGUCCUGGUCCCACUACCACUGUUGACUACAACAGAAAUGAGGGGAAUCAGACAAAAGACGAGAUGAUGAUACAUCAGCAGAGAGCUAAGGAGAUUGACGAGAAGGUCUUGGACUUCAAACCAAGCUUCAUGGCCUCUUUUUUGGAUUUUCUGAAGACAGGUAAAGUACAGCCAGCCCUUGAACCAAGACAUGAUGGAGGCAACCAAGAAACCUGUUCCUCUAUGAGGGGAGGAAUUAAAUGCUUAUCCUCACCAUCUCCUCCCCUACCACCAACUUCUCCCCAGCAGCCUCCAGGACAGUUCAGCGAUGGCAGCCCGGGUGAAGGGCCAGACCUAACCCUCAGUAGCUGCCAAAGUCCCUGCAAACCUCUGGAUGAUGAACUGAAAAGAAACCUGGAGACUCUCCCCUCUUUCUCCUCUGAUGAGGAGGAUUCAGUAAAUAAGAACCAGGACUUGCAGAAGAGCAUCUCAUCUGCAAUCUCUGCCCUCUAUGACACUCCACACUCACUGGCUGCUGCAGUGGCUUCUGCAGUAGUCAAAGCACAACCCAUGCUUUCUCCACCCACGCCACAGGAGCCGUCGCUCAGCCCGCCUCUCAAGACCAAUUCUCCCCUCAUUCCUAGUAUGGAGAGCAUAAAAGAUGGGGCACUUGCACACACUCAGCAUAACACACAAAGUAAACAAAACACACGUGAGGAACAAAAAAUGAUUUCCACACUGUCGGACAUGGAGGGGGUAGGAUCUCAGCAUGAAAGAGAAGAAGAAAACAGCAAGAAGGAGGAAGGCGAGGAGAUGGCAAGCAAAGAAGAAAACAUCAGGCAUUCACACAAUAUGUUGCAGGGACCAGCGGAAAAACAGGAGAGGGAGGAUACAGCAACUGACACGCAGAUUAUGGAGGGCCAUGAUGAUUCACCAUCAGGACGUGUGCCUGCUCCUGCACCUCCAUCACCAUUCAUCUCCUCCUCACCGCUCACAUACUCAUCACCAUCGCCUCUCCCUCCCCCGUCAAUCUCUGUACCUUCUCCACCACCAGUCCAACAGAAUGAGGAAGAAGUCAGUCUAAGUGAUCUUUCUUCUGAUCAGCAUAUGCAGCAAUCCUCCUACCAGCAGGCUUCAACUGCAGCCACCUCCCCACCCCCCUCCACCUCGCCACCAGUCAUCCCAUCGUCACCGCUGUUCAACCUUCCCUUCGGCCAAUCGACCCCGCCCCCAUCCACCACACCUCCCCCAUCAUCCUCUGAUCAGGAUCAGGAACCUGAAGCUGGGUUGCCUUACUUUUCCACUUUAUCCUCCUCACCCUCUUCAUUGUCCUCUCACCCACCAUCACCUCCAACGCCAGAGGAGGCCCCACAAUCCCAGCGUCUUACCUCCCUUCACCUGGCAAAGAAGCAGGCUGAUGCUGCCAUCGCUGGGGAGAGUGAAGAAGAAGACAGUGAGAGUGGAGGUGAGGGAAUCUUCCGUGAGCGGGAUGAGUUUGUGGUGCGAACUGAGGACAUUGGUACUCUUAAGAUGGCCUUGCAGACAGGCCGAGAGCCUCCACCUAUCUGGAGGGUGCAAAAAGCUUUGCUCCAGAAAUUCAGCCCAGAGAUCAAAGAUGGUCAAAGGCAGUUCUGUGCAACAAGUAACUAUUUGGGUUACUUUGGUGAUGCCAAAGUGCACUACCAGCGUUUAUAUGUGAAGUUCUUGGAGAAUGUCAACAAAAAAGAUUACGUCAGAGUGUGUUCACGAAAGCCAUGGCACAGAGCUGGCCUGACUCUGAGACGCCAGCCUCUACCUAAACAGCUGCUGACCAUUCACAAUCAGAGCCAACCUCGAAUAGAUAGUCGACACAAGGAGAGACGGAAUGAAAGAGAGCUAAUGGAGCAGAGAGAAAGAGAAAGAAGAGAGAGAGAAACAAGGAAAAAAGAGAGAGAGAGAGAACAAAAACUUAGGGAGAGGGAAUGGGGAGAGAGGCACAGAGACCAGAAGGACAGACAGCAGAGGGACAUGGAGACAGAUGGUGAGCCGAAAGAAAAGGAGAAAGCUCAGGAAAAAGAAAGAAAGGAGAACAUGGAGCAAGUCAACAGAGAUUAUACAAUGGCAUCAAAAGAAGAGAAGAACCGAGGAGACAUAAAGAUGGCAUUUCAGGGAAGAGCCAAGACUUCAAAGGACAAGGCUGAGCCUCCACCCAAGAAAAGGAAGAAAUGGUUGAAGGCGGUGCUGUCCUCUUCAUCUGAGUCCGACUACUCCUUACUCAGUGAUGAUGAAGGGCCUGCGCGGGGUGGAGUGAACAGUCGAGCCAUGAGGGACAUGUUCAGGAGCUAUGUGGAGAUGUUGGUCAGCACAGCACUUGACCCUGAUAUGAUUCAAGCCCUAGAGGACACAGAUGAUGAAUUAUACCUCCCGCCCAUGAGGAAAAUUGAUAGUAUGCUCAGUGAACAGAAGAAGAAGUUGUUGAGGAGAGUCAACAUGAGUGCUCAGCACCAGGAGGCUUUACAUAUAUUCCCCAAAAUGACAGCAGAUCCUGUGGAAUCUGGAGUUGUCAAAGUUCACCUUGGUGGGGAGGGCUACAACCGCAAGACUCUCAACCAAAUCAAGAGGAGCAUUCCUAAGCAGCAGGAUAUGAAACUUUCGAUUGACAUUUGCCGGAUAUACAGUCUGUAUCAUUCUCUUCACCACUACAAAUAUCACACCUUCCUGCAUUGCAAGAAGGAGACAGACAAUAUAGAGCAGGCAGCGGAGGACCCUGGCCAGGAGGAGGUGGUGCAGCAGUGUAUGGCGAACCAAGGCUGGCUUGAGAGCCUCUUCAGUUCUUUCAUGGAACUGCUUACUCUUAGUGCAAAGACCUAAAGGACGAUCACAACCUCUGCCUCCAAAAACAAACAUCCACCUGCAGCAUUAAGUAGGUGGAGGUGUUCAGAAUGUGUGAAACAAAGCAAUCAGAAACUGGACGCCAGAAAUGCAACGAGAGUGGCCCCUAUUUUUUUUUAAAGGGAAGGUUACCAUUGUAAGUAUUUGCUUUAUUGCUGUGUCCAACUAUUGUACCAAUUUAUGAAGGCUAGUGAACUAUUGGAAAGCAAUGGAUUUCCCCAAAAGUCAAUGAAAGAUUAUUUGAUUAGAACUACAAAGCUGACUUUUGUCAGGACUUACACAGCAUGGAUAUAUAUGUGCAAGCUGUCUUUUAUGUAAGUAUGUAAGUAAAAUAUGUAUUUAAUGUGGUUUGUAUAAUUUACACAAAUCCAUUUUUUAAAUGUACUUUUCUCAGAUGGAAUUGUUUGCAGUUCACAUUUUUGAAAAAUGUUUUAUAGGUGUAAAACCAAAUGGCCCGUAUGCAAAGCUAAGCUAAAACGAAUGGUUUAGUGAGAUGAAAGUGAGGUUUAAAAAGACAGUGUGAAUGUCUUUUCUUUCUAUCUGCAUCAGAAAAAAGCAGGACGAUAAUAUAUUUAAAACCAAAUCAUGAUGUUUCUGUUUGUUCUUCAGGAGAUAAUGAAUGAUUGGGAUUAAUUCCCUUAAUGAAGAAGAAUACAAAAAGAAUGAAGUACUGCUUUCUUAAAGGAAGUAUGAGUUAAAAUGAUGAUAAACCCUUAAUAUCAGUAUUUAAUGUCAUAUUUUUUUUCUGUUUGCUGCUGAGUUUUCCUAUAAGUUGAACUCUCUGAGGAUAUUCUUGCAGAGUCUGAUUUGUAAAUAUUGUACAGCUACUUCAUCCUCUAGUUUCCAGUGGCUCUUCAGUACAUGCAAUUGCUGUAUUGGACAUACUGCAUUAAAACUCUGAAAAUAACA